AUGUCCAACCCCAGGCAACGGCUCUAUAUUGGCAGAUUGCCCCCCGACGUCCGUUCUGAUGAUGUCUCGAAAUUCUUCGACACCUAUGGGCGAAUUGUGGACUGCCGUGUGAUGACUGGUUUCGGUUUCGUCGAGUUCGAGGCUGCCAAGGAUGCCGAGGACGCUGUCACCCACUGCAACGGCAAGUCCUUCAUGGGUGCAAACAUCGUCGUGGAAUUUGCCAAAGAAGGCCGGCCUCGUCGCGAUCCCUACGAGGACCGGAGCCAUGGCUACGGAAGCGCUCGCUCCCGUAGGCCCCCUGGCUACCGUAUUCUCGUUCAAAACGUCGCCCGUGAAGUCAGCUGGCAGGAUCUGAAAGAUUUUGGCCGGGAUGCUGGUAAUGUGACAUUCGCUGAUAUCGACCGCGAUGUCGUGGGUCAAGGUAUUCUUGAAUAUCUUACUCGUGAGGACGCGGAUCCCUUCGCGGCUAAAAUCGUUCGCGUUGCUGAUGAUAGCCGCUCUGGUCCCGAUAACUAUAGGCGCGAUGAUCGUCGUGAUGACCGUCCUCCUCGAGAAGACCGUUAUCGCGAUGACCGUAGCUACAGAGACGACCGCAGCUACCGGGACGACCGCUACAGAGAUGACCGCGGCGGCAGGGAUGAUCGUGGCUACCGUCGGGACCGCUCAAGAUCGCCUCGUCGUGACCACGAUGAUCGUCGACGGUCCCCGCCUCCCAGGAAAGAUUAUGAUGAUAGGAGGCCAACAGGGUACGAUGAUUACCGGAGAGUGGGUUAUGAUGAUCGCAGAGUACCUGAUUAUCCUGAACGCCGUAGGGACGAAAGAAGACGCGACGAGAAGGAUGACCGGUACGACGACAGGCCCCCAAGACAGGCGAACGGUGAUGGAGGAUGGACUCGUUGA